CCGGAAUACAAGCAUCGGAAAGGAAAGUUCCGCGAAAGUAACAAAAUAACUUCCGUUGUAAUCUCAUGUCUGCACCUAAUACAAAACCAAAAGAACAACCAAACAAUGGAAAGCAAACGGUAGUGGUUAGUGAGAAAAAGAAACAGCAAAAAAUGUGCGCCGGUCGGGAAACGUACGAAAGAAUGAAUUUCUUGUAUCAGGCCGCGACUACUAUGUCGGCCACACAACCGCAGCUAGCGGCCUACUAUGGCAAGUUGAUGAAAUCGGUGGGCAAAAAAGCCGUGCUUCGAAUGGAACCGGCUAUCAAACGUACUCUUUGCGUUCGCUGUGGCGUGUUGCUGAAUCCGGGGAUCACGGCUAACAUACAAGAUCAUCGGCAAAAGAAACUGUGCUACCUGCAGGUUGAUUGUACGCUUUGCGGAUUUUCGAAACGCUUCUACAACACCAAAAACCACCGCCUUUGGAUGGACAAUCCACAAUCCGUCGUUGAACGGAUGAAGUUUGCAUAAGUU